CUCCGGAAUCAAACACAUGUGUUCACAAAUGUAGCCGGAAUCUUCUCGUGUACCACUCGUGUACCACCAUCUGGAUGCGUGUGAAUUUCCAACACUGAGAUCUGUCAACGUGAGGAGUUAGUCACCAUGAAACGUCUAUAUAUCGGUGGCCUGAGCCACACCAUCACUCAAAAGGAUCUGAAAGACAGAUUUGGUAAAUUUGGUGAUGUCCAGGAUGUGGAACUCAGGACCAGGAGAGAUGAUGAAGGAGUUCCUUAUAAAACCUUUGGAUAUAUCAAUUUAGAAAUUACUGAUGCUGAUUUUAAGAAAUGUAUGACUGUGCUGAACAAGACCAAAUGGAAAGGUGGAACAAUACAAAUUGAGCAGGCCAGAGAAACCUUCUUACAGAAAUUAUCUCAGGAGCGUCAUGAAGCAGCAGAGAAGAUCAAGUCACCAAUCGUCAACCACAAAGUGAAACUAGUGGAGUCUAUGAAGGAAGCGGGAGUGGAGAACUUCCAUAUGAAGGCAGCUGUUCCUGGGACAGAGAUACCUGGGCACAAGGAUUGGGUUGUGAGUAAAUUUGGACGAGUCCUCCCAGUUCUUAAUCUCAAGUGCCAAGGAAGGAACAAAUUCAUCAAGUAUGAUCCGUCGAAACACAGCCACAACAUCAAGAGACUAGAGAGUUCAGCUGAGGUCCUAGACCCGACGCCCGUGUCCCAACUAACGUGGGAAAUGUCAGGCGGAGACGACGACAUCAGCAAGAAGAGAAGAGGAGAGUUCCCACCACAGAAAAAAACACCACCCGCUAAAAAGAAGAAAGUUGGAACGACGAACCAAGUCGUUGCGAACGGACAGUCCGACAGUGUGAAGUCCUGUGGUACCUCGGAGAAAGGUUCAACGGUUCUGAAGUCUAAGGGAGAAACCAGACCUCCAAAUAAACCUAAACAGACACCGGUCUCUAAGAAAUUCCACACACAAACCUCUGUGUGUGUUUUUGACAGUGGCGAUGACUCAGACGGUGACAUUAGGAUGUUGGCACAGCGGAGUGCACCGGCGGACGGCCCAGUAGUAGACGAGGAUGAAGAUGACUUGGUGGUGGUAGGCGAUAACUACAUACCCAGAACAUUCUUUACGCAGCACAGGAUUAAAGAUGUCUGCCAGCUUCCAGGUGAGUCUUCUGGGAAGAACGAGGAGGAUUAUGACUCCGCUGAUACGGAUGAGAUCCUCAACUCCAGGAAAACACCCAGCGGUACCAAGCAGGACCAACUGCCUGAGGUCAGGAAAACACAGGAGAAAGCUGAGGUGAAUAAGCAAACCAACAACCUGGAAACAGACAGAACUAAAGAGAAAAAGGCUAACAAAGUCCUCCCCAAAAAGGCUGUAAAGAAAGUCUUCCCUGUAAAGAAGGCCCCUUCGUCAGAGAGUGAUAGUGAGGAUGAUGACUCGGAAGAAGAGAGUGAGAAAUCCAACUCUUCAAAAGCCAAAAAGACUUAUAACGUCCUCCCUAAGAAAAAGGCUAUUGAGAAAUCCACCAGCCCUUCAGAAUCUGAUGAUGAUUCGGAAGAAGAGAGUGAAUCUCACUCUUCAAAAGCCCAAAAGCCCGGCAAGAAGUUUGCCUCUAAAAAGAAGACCCCUCCUUCAGAAUCAUCAUCUGACGAUAGCGAAUCAUAUGAAGAUACAUCUGAGGCUAGCGCCGAUUCUGAAUACGAAGCCAUGUUUACUAACUGUCAGAGGUUAGAGUUUUCACUGGACGAUCUGCAGCAGCUGGUUAGAGAAUCAUUUUUAAAAGGCUUGGACAAGGACAGCGACGACGACGGUCCGGGAUCUGAUUCACAACAACCUGGACCAAAUCGUGUGUCUGAGGUGCUAGGAAUAGAACCCCGGGUUACUGCCUCUAAGGCUCCGGUACCGCUGGCUAAGACAGGAAAUGGAAACACACCAGAGGAGAUUCUGGCGGCCAUCUUUGAAGAGGACGACAGUGACGAGGUGAGUGAGAAGAAGAAGAAGAAGGGGAAGAAGAAAACGAAUGCGUCAUCUCUUCCUGCUUUCCAGGGCACCAAGGUUCUCUUAGCCACGUCAUCACAAAGUGCCGGACAACGCAGUCUAAAAAGACAAGUUGAGGAGGACGGUAAAACGGAGACGUCCACAAAGAAACAGAAACAAGACAGAUUAGUCAAGACUGUGACAAAACCCUCAGAAACUAAAGGUACAACUCGUCCUCCCCGCAGCUCGGAUAGUGAAGAUACAACCGAGGCACCAGCCCUCAAACUGAAAACUACUUCUAAAGCCAAGGCAGAGAAGAAGCGUGUCCCAGAGGCUAGCUCUACAUCCAGCAGCAGCAGUGGUUCCUCCAGUCUGGAGUCGGAGCCUAGCGCCUCUAGGAGUGUACCCGCUGAAAAGACUCAGAAGGCUGAGGUGUCUAAGAAGCCCCAGAGUGCGGUGGUAGAUGCUCAGCAGCAGGACAAUCAGAAACGUCUAGCCGCUCAGGAACAGAGACAGAAGGAGGUUGAACUGCAGAAGAAGCUCAUCCAGGAGGCUCUGGCUAAACUGGAUUCAGCUGCUAAUGGGAAACACCACAUCAAGUUCAGCUCUGAUGAGGAAGAUGAGGAAGAACAGACUUCCCCCGAACCUCCCAACCCCAAGAAGAAACUGUUCCAGAACAGCCAGUCUGAUGAGGAAGACUCUCGUGAUGGAAAACCAGGCCUUAAAGACAAGAAAUCUGAGAAGCUGGCGGGCAGCAACCUGUUUGACGACGACGACGAUGAAGAUGAUGAUGAGGAGAAGAGAGAUGGGGACAGGUUCAAGAUUAAACCUCAGUUUGAAGGGAAAGCUGGAGCGAAGCUCAUGAAGCUGCAGUCGAGGUUUGGAACGGAUGAGCGAUUCCAGAUGGAUCACAGGUUUAUUGACAGCGAUGACGAGGAACCAGAGAUAGAGUUGUCUCAGCCGGAGAAAGAGUGCGAGCUGGUGGAGGAGAAGAAGAAAAGUCUAGACAUCUUAAAUAGUCUCCUGAACAUCAACGUAAAACCAUCUGACCCUAAUAAACCUACAGCCAAGGGCAAGACGUUCAGAGAUAUCUCAGCGUUGCAGUAUGACCCAACCAACGAGGAGCACGUUGCUUUUGAAACUAAGAAUGACAAGCCCAAGAAAGACAGUAAACUGGCAAAGAAGAAGAAGCGGAAGGAGGCUGAGAAGCUGCCAGAGGUCUCCGGGGAGAUGUAUUACGAUGUGUCCAUGGAUAUGAAGGAGGUGUUUGGAAUCUCCAAGGAGGAGAAAACCGAGGAGGAGGAGAAGAAUGUGGCCUGGGAUAAAGAAGAGGAAGAGACCAGUCAGCCUAUGGCAGUAGAUCCAGUGAUGGUGUCAUCUCACCUAUUAACCAAUGAGGAAGAGGCAUCGUCAGGCUUCAAGUUCUCAUUCUUUGGGGGUGACACGGCAGCCGAAACCAACACUGAAAAAGAGGAGUACCGUAUCGAGACGCUCAAGGGGGCCAAGGUGUCAUGGCAGGUGGACCCUCGUUUCCAGGACAGCAGUGAUGAGGAGGAGGAGGAAGAAGAGGAGGCCAAGGAACAUACUGACACCAUUACACCCACAGAAGCGCCGCUGGCAUCAAAAAAGGCCUUCUUCUUUUUCCAGUUCGACGAUGAACGGUUAAAAGAGGGGCCUAAAGCGUUCUGCAGGUCAUCCAAGCUGGAGGACCAAAGAGAGGAGUGGGAGGAGAAGAGGACCGGGCUCAUAGAGGAGUACCGUAAAAAACACAAAGAUGCCAGAAGGAAGCUGAGAACCUCCCAGAGAAACUGACGCGCAACAUCCACAAGUCGUUGAGAGGACAUCUUGUCUUACCCGACCGAGUUAUGACAAACGAUCCAUGGUAGUCAAGACUUCUCCUCGGAUCAUUUCAAAAUUAAUGUUUUUUGACUUGAGGGAUGUUACUUUUUAUUAUGUUAAAAGUUCUAACCUACAACUUCAAUCGUGUUACCAGCAUAGUUUUUUUUUUUAUCGUAAAGAAACAUGGCCGUUUUACCAAUAAAACCAGCUCCAUUUUCCGCCACCAGGGGGCAGGACAGUGUCGUUUUAACUCCGAUGGUGUUGUUGACUUCCUUGAGGUGGUGAGGGAGACUGAAGUUGCCCCUAUAGACGCUGGUCUCGGGUCAGUUUUGCAUUUCCCCCCCCCCGCUAAUUGUUUGACAUUAGGAUUGGGGAAUGGGAAGCUGAUCCUAGAUCUGUACCUAGGGGGAAACUUCACCCUGGAGUGAGGGAGAUACUGCUGUCCACAUCUAGAUCUAACUCCGUUUACAAUACAUAAUGAUGUGAAUCUGAUCUGUGCUACAGAAUUGCAUGGUUGUAAUUGAUUUAUGGCUCUUUUCUAUGGAGAAUUAAAACCCAGAAUAUCUUUCAA